AUGACUACUCUUGAAGACAAAGCUCUUUGGGGUCAAAACGAGGAUGGCCUUGAAGAUCUCGGACAAGAGAUUUUGAAGUCCAGCACCGAUGAUAUUAUCAAUCGCACGCGCUUACUUGAGAAUGAAAUUAAGUUACUAGACAUGGAUCCAAAUGAUGAACCGGAAGAAGACGGUGCUAAUGUCGAUCUUGAUGCACAUCGAAAAGGAAAAUGUGCUGUGAUUAAAACUUCUACGCGACAGACAAUUUUUUUGCCCUUAAUUGGACUUGUUGAUCCAGCUACUUUAAAACCGGGUGAUUUAAUCGGCGUUAACAAAGAUAGUUAUUUAGUUCUGGAUACGUUACCUGCCGAAUAUGAUUCUCGUGUUAAAGCUAUGGAAGUUGACGAAAAACCAACAGAAGAUUAUACUGACAUUGGAGGCUUAGAUAAACAAAUUGAAGAAUUGGUAGAGGCUAUCGUUCUUCCUAUGACACAUGCCGAUAGAUUUAAAAAUUUAGGCAUCAAGCCACCGAAAGGUGUUUUAAUGUAUGGACCACCUGGAACGGGUAAAACAUUGUUGGCUAGGGCUUGUGCCGCUCAGACCAAUUCUGCAUAUUUAAAACUAGCCGGACCGCAACUUGUUCAGAUGUUUAUCGGUGAUGGUGCCAAACUUGUACGUGACGCGUUUAACUUAGCAAAAGAAAAAGCUCCUUCUAUUAUUUUCAUAGAUGAAUUGGACGCUAUAGGAACUAAACGUUUUGAUAGUGAAAAAAGUGGUGAUCGAGAAGUACAACGAACAAUGUUGGAAUUAUUAAAUCAGCUUGAUGGAUUCAGCAGUGAUGAAAGAAUCAAGGUGAUUGCCGCUACAAAUCGUAUUGAUAUUUUGGAUCCAGCACUCUUGCGAUCAGGACGUCUUGAUCGAAAGAUAGAGUUUCCACUUCCAAAUGAAGAGGCACGUGCGCGUAUUCUCCAAAUUCAUUCACGUAAAAUGACCGUCGGUUCCGAUGUCAAUUACGAAGAAUUAGCUCGUUGUUGUGAUGAAUUCAACGGUGCUCAAUGUAAAGCUGUUUGCGUUGAGGCAGGUAUGCUAGCUUUGAGGAGAAAUGCAACCGAGUUGAAUCAUGAAGAUUUUAUGGACGUUAUGCCUCAUCACAAUCCCCUUGAGAUGUCUGCACCACCAACGAGGGCGAAUUUGAAAGCAUGGUGGAAACAAUUCGCAGCAAAAAAUGCGAGAAGAGAGGGUGAAAGGAAGGGUAAAGGCUCUCGUGGAAUUUUUGGCGUUGAUCUCGCCGAAGGAAUAGAGUAUGCAAGAGUACCAAUAUGCAUGGCAGGCCCAGACGGGAAACAAUAUAUAUAUGGGUAUAUACCAACAAUAGUUGCAAAAUGCGGGAUGUUUUUAAAAGAACAAGGAUUUUGGAAAUUAAAUCCUAAAAACCAUGCCGGGGUAGAUACUUUUGCUACAACGACUGAAGGAAUAUUCCGUCUAAGUGGAUCAGCUAAAAGGAUAAAGGAAUUGCAAACGAUUUUUGAUUCUCCACCAGUUUAUGGAAAAAGUUUAACCUGGGUUGGCUAUACUGUCCAUGAUGCUGCAAAUGUACUAAGAAGGUAUCUGAACCAUUUGCCAGACAAAGUUAUUCCACUUGUUUGGUAUGAUAAGUUUCGGGCUGUACAUGUUGGCUAUAAGGAUGCAGGCGCCCUCGUGGAAAAUUAUCAGAAGCUGAUCCAAUCGCUUCCUAAAGAAAAUCAGCAUUUAUUACUUUAUAUUCUCGAUUUACUGGCAGUUUUCUCAUCGAAGUCUUCACAAAACUUGAUGCCAUCAAAAAAUCUGGCAUCUAUUUUCCAACCCGGUAUCUUAUCCCAUCCAGAUCACGAUAUGGAACCUGAACAAUAUAAGUUAUCACAAGAAGUUGUGGAGUUUCUGAUCGAUUAUCAAAAUUAUUUUUUGAUGACUUUACCAAAUGCUGGUCAUGAUUCUACUGUAAACGAGACUAUGAGGACUCGAGAUAUACCACGAAAUAUUGAUAGGGACACCGACACAGCGUCGCUUCGGGAGCCAUACGACCUCAAUAAUGUGCCUGUUACGCAAUUGUCGUUGCGGAGAUCUAGUUUAACCAUGGAACCUUCAAAUGAUGAUGAUAUAUCAUUGCCAGAACGACGACCAUCAUACGAUUCUAGAAUACUAGGUCGUCAAGGAUCUACAACUCUAGGAAGGAGUAGGACAUUGCCCAGUAAAAGGUCUACGUACAGGGAAAGUCAAAACAUAAAGGUUGCAGAAGGUGAAGAUCCUAACGAUAAGGGCAGAUCUAAAACAAAAAAACACGGAGCCCGAAAAAGGUUCUCGCAAUUCGGAUCAUUUAUAUUUUUUAUUGAUUCUUUUGGUUCUCGGUCUACACGACUCGAACGAUUAUCAAGGAAAGAAUCAAAUUUAAACCUCGGUUCACGACGAUCGCCUAUUAACGAAUCAUUUUGGUCAUCCUCAGAUGAUCAAAGGUUUAAGGAUGAUCGAUCAAUAAAUUCUUCAAUAUUAUCGAGAAAACAAAAUCAUACUGAAAAAAGAAACAUUGUUGAGAGAAGUCCAAAGAAAAAAUGGUAUUCUAGUAUAAUCAAGGCAUAA